AUGGAUUUAUUUGGGGUUUUAUAUAUUCCUAAUUUUUUGUUGGUCACAUUAGCCAUUGUCAUCACCCUUUAUUUCUAUGGAAGAAGAACUUAUGGCUUUUUUACUGAAUAUGGAAUUAAAGGCCCAAAACCAAUUGCUUAUCUUGGAAAUCUUUUGGAAAUGAAUAGAAGAGGUUUUGAGAAUGUAUUUUUUGAUUGGAAAAGAAAUUAUGGAGACAAUUAUAGCAUUUUUUUUGGAUUGCAACCCAUUCUGGUUAUUUCUGACCCUGAAAUUCUUAAAGAUGUGAUGGUCAAAAAUUUCUCCAAUUUUACAAACAGACCUUUAUUAUUCCCAGUAGAUGAGUACAGUGCAAACAUGUUAAUUAUAACAAAAGAUGAUCACUGGAAAUACCUUCGUACUGUCUUGGCACCAUCUUACAGCUCGAAAAGAAUGCGUGAGAUGGUUCCCUUGAUUGAAGAUGUUCUGAAGACUUUUGAAAAAAACUUAAAUAAAAUUGCAGACAGCAAGGAAGCAUCUGAUGUAACCAUUUUGUUUUCAGGUUAUACAAUGGAUGUGAUUGCAUCAACUGGCUUUGGAAUUAAUGUUGAUUCACAAGAAAAUCCUGACAGCCCUAUCAUCAAAAAUGCUCAAAAAAUCUUAACUGAUACCUUUUCUCAACAUGUGCAGGGAUUAUCAAUGAUUUUUCCAGUAAUCGCAAAAGUUGUCAACAUGUUCAAAUCUGGAAUCGUGUUUGGCAAUAUGAGUUUCUUUCUUGAUUUUUGCAAGGAAUUGGUUGAAGAAAGAAAGACAGAGAAAAACCUAAGUAACUGCAAGGAUCUGUUGCAAAUGAUGUUAGAUGCUCAGCUUGAAGGACAUGAAAAGUUGGACAAGAAAACUGAACAUGAACUCAAAUUGGAAAAUGUAACAGACUGGAGAACAAAAAGAGGUCUCACAGAUGUAGAAAUCAUUGCACAAUGCAUGUUGUUUUUUGUCGCUGGCUUUGAGACUACAGCAGGCACUCUGUCCUUCUUUGCUCAUUCUAUAGCAAUGAACCCUGAUGUUCAGGAGAAAAUUUACCAAGAAAUAAAAGAAAAACUCGGCCAGGAAUCUCCAAAUUAUGAUAAUGUACAGAAGCUGACCUACCUUGACAUGUGUCUGGAUGAAACAUUGAGGAUGUAUCCAAUUAAUUUAUUGUUGUCAAGGCAAGCAAAAAAAGACUGCAUUUUGAAAGGAAUGAAAAUUCCCAAGAAUACUGGAGUCCUGUUUCCAAUCAUGUGUUUACAUUAUGAUCCAAAAUACUGGACUGAACCAGAAAAGUUUGAUCCUGAACACUUCAGUGAAGAAAACAAAGCCAAACAAAUACCCUUCACUUAUCUUCCUUUUGGUGCUGGGCCACGAAUCUGUGCUGGAAUGCGAUUGGUGGAUCUUGAAUUCAAGAUGGCUGCUGUGCAAAUGCUACGGAAAUUCCGUCUUGUUGCUUGUGACAAAACUGAAAAGAAGAUUGAAUUUGCUAGAACAGCGAUGCUUAAACCAAAAAAUGGAAUCUGGAUCCAAAUUGAACACCACUUCGUCGGCAAUUGUUUGUUUCAUCCAGCGAGUAGCAUAUCUAUGCUAAGUGUUGAACUUCAUAUUUGUCCCUUUCUUUCUUGA